AUGACUUCGGCAUUGAUCCUUGGUGCUACUAGGGGGCUGGGUGCUGCCCUGGUGAAGGAAUACAUCUCACAACCCUCCACGCAGGUCUUCGCUACUACACGGUCUGCAAACGCCCCGAGCGGGUUCCCAGAUGGUGUUCAAUGGCUCCCCAAUAUCGAUCUGACCCAGCCCGAUGUUGGAAAGACUCUCGCUGACCAGCUCAAAGGGAAGGAUCCUUUGGAUGUGGUCGUUAUCAAUGCUGGCCGAUUCAUGACAGAAGACUUCUCUACCGAGAAAGGUCCAAAUUGGGCUGACGAAGUGACCAUGUAUACCACAAGCUCCAUUGCACCGGUAUUCGUUAUCCACAGCCUCGCACACGCUGGUCUUUUGAAACAAGGAUCCAAAGUUGUCCUCGUGUCUAGCGAGGCUGGAAGUAUCACAUUGCGGCAUGAAAAGGAAGGGGGCGGAAACUAUGCUCACCACGCCAGCAAGGCGGCGCUGAACAUGGUCGGCAAGCUCCUAGCCAUCGACCUUAAAGAGAAGGGCGUCAUAGUCAGCAUCCUUCACCCUGGCUUCAUGCGGACUGAGAUGACCAAAGGUGUUGGCUUCGACAAGCAUUGGGAUGCGGGCGGCGCGGUGACUCCGGAUGAGGCUGCGAAGAGCCUCGUAAAGUGGACAGAAAGGCUAGAUAUUAGCAAGUCUGGGGAAUAUUGGGCACCACGUGGACCACGCGACAUUGGUAUGGCUGAAACUGUGCUCGGGACGAACCUGGAAACGCCUCUGAAGCUGCCCUGGUAA